AUGUUAUCUCAAGGCAUUAUAUGUCCCUCCGAGUCCGCAUGGUCCUCACCGAUUUGGAUUGUCCCAAAAAAGGCGGACGCCUCGGGGAAAAAGAAAUGGCGUCUAGUGGUAGAUUUUCGUAAACUUAAUGAAAAAACCAUAAAUGACAAAUACCCUAUACCGAAUAUCUCAGAUGUUCUGGACAAACUGGGCAAAUGCCAAUAUUUUACUACCCUGGAUCUCGCCAGUGGUUUUCACCAAGUAGAAAUGGACCCCGCUGACAUUCCAAAGACGGCAUUCAAUGUCGAACACGGCCACUUCGAAUUCCUUCGGAUGCCCAUGGGCCUGAAGAACUCGCCUUCCACAUUCCAAAGAGUGAUGGAUAACAUCCUCCGAGGUCUCCAGAACCAGAUCUGUUUGGUGUACCUGGACGAUAUAAUAGUAUUCAGCACCUCGCUGCAGGAACACAUGGUCAACUUAGAACAAGUUUUCCAGAGACUUAGGAACUCUAAUUUCAAAGUGCAAAUGGACAAAUCAGAGUUCCUUAAGCUAGAAACUGCUUAUUUAGGCCAUAUCAUCAGUAGCGAAGGCGUGAAGCCUAAUCCAGACAAAAUAGCAGCGAUACAAAAAUAUCCCAUACCUAAAUCUCCUAAGGAGAUAAAGCAGUUCUUAGGACUAUUAGGAUAUUACCGUAAAUUCAUCCCAGAUUUUGCAAAAAUAACAAAACCAUUGACACAAUGUCUAAAAAAAGGUAAAAAAAUCACUUUUGACCCCGAUUAUGUAAACAGUUUUGAGAAAUGUAAAACUCUUUUGACGAACGAUCCAAUCCUUAAAUACCCGGACUUUAGUAAGGAGUUUAUCCUUACUACCGAUGCGUCAAACUUUGCCAUCGGUGCUGUUUUGUCUCAAGGGCCAAUAGGCUCGGAUAAACCCAUCUCAUAUGCUUCGCGAACACUUAAUGAUAGUGAACAAAAUUACAGCACCAUCGAGAAAGAGCUCCUGGCAAUAGUAUGGGCCACUAAAUAUUUUAGACCAUACCUAUUCGGCAGGACAUUUAAAAUACUUACCGACCACAAACCUUUACAGUGGAUUAUGAGUUUAAAGGAACCGAACUCUCGCCUUACUCGAUAG